AUGGUUCAGAAAACUCUAAUGAAAUUAAAAAAACAACCUUAUUCACAAUAUUCACAUCAACAGACACAACGUCAAUAUUCUGGAUCACAGAAAUUUAUUAGUACUCAAUCUUUGAGAUCUCGUCAAUCUGGCAUAUUGCUUCCACAACAAGAGCAGUCGAGCAGACGUGUAUCACAAGACUUUCUACUCAAUAUGAAUUCAUCAGAUCUUCAAUCAUCUUCCAAACAAGAAUUUGUUGCGCCUAGAAAUUCUUUUAUAAUGGCACAAACUGCAGUUCAACUUUCUCAUCGCAGUUCAGGAACAAUAUCACAAUCUCCAAUGUCAGCUGCUCCUAUAAUGACCACAUCUCUAAAUCGCACAUCACAAGAAUUCGAAUUUAUUCCACCUAGAAAUUCAGUAACAGCAAAGGCAUCUACAAAAUUGCAUCCCACCCGAAAUAAUUCAGUUAUGAUGACUCCUACUGGACCACAACCAUUACAUCGUUUAUCUCAAGAUAAUACUUCCUUGUCGAGACGGAAUUCAGGGGUGAUGACUCCGGGAGGAAUAAAAUUUAAAUUCGUGGAUUUUGACAUUACAGAAACAAAGGAUGAAAACAUAUUUCCAAAUGGAAUAAAAAUUGAGAAAUCUCAAUAUCAACAUUAUGCAGUAAAGUUUUUAUGGAGAGGAAACUUUCUGGCGCCAGUGAGAGAAUUAAUGACUCGAGGGAUUAUGGUUUUAGAUAUUGGCUGUGGAGAUGCAAAUUGGAUUUUCGAUAUGGCCAAAGAUUACCCCAACUCACAAUUUAUCGGUGUCGAUACACAAUCAGAUUUAACAUGGAAAACGAAUCUGACGAAUGUUUAUUUUAACGAAUUUGACAUCUUAAAACAUGGAUUACCAUACAAAGAUGGUUGUUUUGAUUACGUUCACGGUAGAUUCCUUGGAACUCUAUUCACCGAAAGAGAAUAUCGCAAGAAAGUAAUAGAAGAGUCUAUCCGUGUCACUAAACCUGGAGGAACGAUUGAAUUGCUCGAAUCUGAUUUUCGAUGGACUAAUGAAGGACCCGCGCUAAGAAAAUUGCUUGAUGGAUACCGAGAAAUGUUAGAGUCAAAAGACAUUAAUCCCCAUCUCAGUCCAAAUAUUGGCAGAUAUUUGCGAGAUACUGGUAACGUGAUACACAUACAAACUGAGACGAGAUUAUUACCUCUUGGAAGAUGGGGUGGUCGUCUUGGUGAAAUUGCAAGCGAGGCAGUUAAAGAUGGUUUAGAAGACGCCAAAAUUUCGUUAUCCCAAUCAACGUCUAUGUCAUCAACCGAAUAUAACUUACUUUGUAUGGAAGCAAUUUUGGAAUUCGACGAAUAUAAUGUUUCAAUGCCCACAGUUCGAUGGUAUUGUACCAAACGACAGCCUAAACGUACUUCAUUGUUUGUUUAUUUUUAA